AUGUUAGCGGUUUUCUUAUUUGUCCUGGUUUCUUCUGUACAUUCCUAUAAUUAUUUAGUUAUUUCUCCUGUUUAUGGAUACAGUCAUAUGAAAUUUAUGGCCGCUUUGGCUAAUACUUUAGCUGAUGAAGGGCAUAGUGUCACAUUUUUUCAACCAUUUGUGGUAGAAAAAUAUAUGGAUAAUAAAUUGAUAAAAAAUUCAAAUGUUGAAAUUAUAAAUUAUUAUCAUGAUGAAGAAGGUCGAAAAAAUAUGCCAGAUGAUGGAAGUUUGGGAGACACUUGGACUUCUUCAAAAUAUCAAUCUGAUUUUCUGAUGUCGUUUGUUGUCAAACUUAUUUUAGCUCCAGAUUUUGAACAUAUGUGUAGAAGUAAGUUUUUUAUUAGAGCGAAUUAUUUUAUUUCUAUACGUAUUUGUAGAAAUAUUCCAAGACGAAGAACUGCACAAAACUCUUCAAAGUAAAAAUUUCGAUGUUGUUUUUUCGGAAACUUUUGAUUUCUGCGGUCUUUGUAAGUUUAUUCACUAGCGACUAAAAUUUUCUCAUAUUACAAAUUCAGAUCUCGCUGACUUUAUUGGAUCUCGAUCUAUUGUAUCUUUGUUCAGCGGAAAUCGAAUGAUCUCAAUUCAAAAUGCACUUGGCCAACCUUCAUUUAUCCAUUAUGUUCCAGCUCCAAGUUCUGGGAAAUGGGGUGAAGAAAUGACGAUUCUCGAGAGAAUCAAUGAUUUCUGGCAUAAACUAUUUUUCACACGAGCUUUUGCUGGUUUAUUUGAUGCGCAAUAUCAAGUUGUUUCAAAAGUUACUAAUGGAAAAGUUCGACAUUGGACGGUUUGUGAACAAUUAUUUGUAGAUCAAAAAGAUGGAAAACAGAUUUUCAGGAAAUUUUGAAUGAUGUGACUUAUCAUUUCGCAAAUGCUAAUCCUUAUCUUGAUUUUGCAUCUCCAACAAUUUCCAAAGUUGUCGAGAUUGGUGGAUUUACCAUGGAACCGAAAAAAGUUCCUAAAGUUAGUGAGGAAUUGGAUAAGAUUUUAGAAACGCGACCGAAAACUGUUUAUAUUUCAUUUGGAACAAUGGUUAGAUCAAUUGACAUGCCUGAAGAGAACAAGUGAGUUUAUCCAUAUUCAGAGAAACUUUGAAAUAUUGUUUUUAUUUCAGGGAAUCAUUAAUCAAGCUUUUCAAAAUGAAUCCAAAUAUCACUUUUCUUUGGAAAUAUGAAAGUGAUGAUAUAAAAUCGCGUUUACCAGAAAAUGUUCUUAUAUCAAAUUGGUUUCCUCAAACCGAACUCUUGGGUGAUAAACGUGUCAAAUUAUUCAUAACACACGGAGGAUUGGGAAGUACAAUGGAAUUGGCAUACGCUGCAAAAACUGCAAUUGUUAUCCCAUUGUUUGCUGAUCAACCAGGAAACGCGCAAAUGUUACAAAAUCAUGGAACUGCUGAAUAUUUUUCGAAAUUUGAUGUUUCAAAUACUCAAAAACUUCACAAAGUGUUGAAUUCAAUGUUGAAUGAUUCAAGCUAUCAAGAAAGAGCUAAUAGGCUUGCAGAAACUUUGCACUAUCAGCCAAUAAAACCAAAAGAGUUGGUGAUAAGAUAUGCUGAGAAUGCAGCGAGGUUUGGAAAAUUGCCAAAAUUAACACCACAUGCGAAAAAUAUGGGUUUUAUUGAGUAUCAUAAUUUAGAUUUGAUUUUUAUUGCCAUCUUGAUUAUUUUUAGUUUUAUCUAUUUUGUAUUGCUGAUCGUGAGAAAAUGUUUGAAAAUUAAAAGCAAGAAAGAUUGA